CCCCCCUCUCCCCUCCCCAAAUCGCCAUCCUGGCCUGAGAGCUGGAGGGCUUCGCCUGGGGAGAACAGCCGCCCUGUCACAUCACUGCUCUCGGCCCGCAGCCUCAGACCCGUUGUGUCUGUCCUGCUCCUCCAGGAGCCCGCCGUAGGCCUGGCCAGCAGAGUGCGAUGCCUCUCUUUGGGAACUCCUUCAGCCCGAAGAAGACCCCCCCCAGGAAAUGGGCUUCGCUGUCCAACCUGCACCUGCUGGAUAGAUCUACCCGUGAAGUUGAGCUGGGCCUGGAAUAUGGCACCCCCACAAUGCACCUUGCUGGCCAGAGCCUGAAGUUUGAAAAUGGUCACUGGGUCUCAGAAUCAGGAAGCUUCCUGGGGGAUCGCAGGGAACUGCAGCGCUUGCGCAAACGAAACCAGCAGCUAGAGGAAGAAAACAACCUACUUCGGCUGAAAGUGGACAUUCUGCUGGACAUGCUUUCUGAGACCACUGCCGAGUCCCACCUCAUGGAGAAGGAGCUGGAGGAGCUGAAGCAGCAUAACCGGAGGAAGAAAUGA